AUGCCGGAACUGGCGCGGUCGAUCCCCCGUUCCUGGACGUCGACGCUGAAGCUUCCCAAGUCGUCGUUUCCACCUCGAGUUUCGCCUGUCGAUCAGACUAAAUACCUAAAACGGUGCACCGAUGACCUCUACGCCUGGCAACGCCGCGAAAGACCGGCCGAGAAUCCCUUCGUCCUCCACGAUGGCCCACCAUACGCGAACGGCGAAUUGCACGUUGGACAUGCGCUUAACAAAAUCUUGAAGGAUAUCAUUUGUCGCGUACAAUUAAGCCGGGGGAAGAGGGUGCGCUAUGUGCCAGGAUGGGACUGCCAUGGACUGCCGAUCGAACUCAAGGCGCUCCAAGGUCUGCGCGACAUGGAAAUUGCCGACGGGUCGGUCAGCGCAGCUGUAAUUCGCAAAUCAGCGCGCCAGCUGGCUCGACAGACCGUGAAGGAGCAGAUGAAGGGGUUCCGCGGGUUCGCAGUCAUGGCCGACUGGGAGAACCACUGGAAGACGAUGGAUAAACAAUUCGAGAUGCGCCAGCUAGGCAUCUUCCGGGAAAUGGUUGAUCGAGGUCUUAUCUACCGCAAGUUCAAGCCCGUGUACUGGUCGCCUUCAACAGGGACGGCUCUUGCGGAAGCAGAGCUGGAAUACAAGGAGGACCAUGUCUCUACCGCUGCGCUGGUCAAAUUUCCUCUGGUCAAUAUUCCGAGACACCUUGCCGAGGACCCUCUUCUCAAGGGAAAUGAAUUGAGUGCUGUGAUUUGGACUACUACCCCCUGGACGCUACCUGCCAAUGCUGCCAUUGCUGUCCACGAGUCUUUGGAAUACACUAUUGUCCAGUCGGACAACCAUGGCCACCUUCUCAUCGCCCAGUCCCGGAUCGAGUACCUCCAGAACAUGCUGAAUGAGGACUUGUCUAUCAUUAUCCCGUCUGUCAUGGGCUCCGAGUUGGCAGAGAAAACUACGUAUCGACCUCUGUUCAAGGGCCCAGAAGCUCAACCCCAGCCCAUCAUCGCCGCAGACUUUGUCACUGCUGAUUCUGGAUCCGGUAUGGUUCACUGCGCACCAGGUCAUGGAAUGGAUGACUACGAGGCUUGCCUUGCGCGCGGAAUUCCCGUAUUUGCUCCGGUCGACGAUGAGGGCAGAUUCACGGAGAAAGCCAUGCCCCUAGAUCCUACUCGGUUGACUGGAAAGCCUGUUCUAGGAGAAGGUAAUACUGCAGUCUUGGAAUAUGUCGAAUCUUGUGAUCAGUUGCUCGCACAACAUCGGUACGAGCACAAGUACCCUUACGACUGGCGGUCGAAGCUUCCGAUCAUUGUUCGGGCAACCGAGCAAUGGUUUGCCGACGUGGCCGACAUCCGUGGUAGCGCUCUUCGAGCCUUGGAGGAUGUUCGGUUCGUCCCUGAAACCGGAAAGCAGCGACUGCAGAACUUUGUGAAGAAUCGAAGUGAAUGGUGUAUCUCACGACAACGCUCAUGGGGUGUUCCCAUUCCCGCCAUCUAUCACCGGACCACUGGAGAGGCCGUCCUAACCAAAGACAGCGUCUCACACAUCAUGACCACGAUUGAAGAGCGGGGCAUCGAUGCUUGGUGGACCGAUAGUGGCGACGAUGCUGCAUGGAUUCCUCCGACCUUGCGGAAUGAGCCUGGAGCAGGGUAUCGACGUGGAACAGAUACCAUGGACGUGUGGUUUGACAGCGGUACCAGCUGGGCAGAGAUCGAUGUGCCCACUGAAGGCCGGAGUCACCCUGCCGAUGUGUAUCUCGAAGGUAGCGACCAGCACCGCGGAUGGUUCCAAUCUGGCCUUCUCACCUAUAUCUCGCACCAACUCGGCUCCGACCAGGGUACAACACCUCGUGCUCCAUUCAAGAACCUCAUCACCCACGGCUUCACCCUGGAUGAACAUGGCCGGAAAAUGAGCAAGUCCAUUGGCAACACCAUUGCGCCGCAGACCAUCAUGGAAGGAACUCUGCUGCCUCCUCUCAAGCCCCGCAAGGGCAAAGGAAAGAAGCAAGCAGGGAACCCAGAACCUGUGUACGACGCACUUGGCCCCGAUGCUCUUCGCAUGUGGGCGGCAAGCAGCGACUACACGCGGGACGUGGUGAUUGGAAAGCAGGUACUCCAGACCGUCAACACCAGUCUUCACAAGUUCCGUGUGACGUUCAAGCUACUCCUGGGAGCCCUCGCCGAUUUCCGACCCGAUAGCGUUGUCCCAUAUGAGCAGCUGCAGUUGGUGGAUCGGAUUGCCUUGAAGCACCUUUCGGACAUGGUUCUCACAUCUCAGAAGGCAUGUGACAACUUUGAAUUCUACAAGGCUGUCAACACGAUGAACCGAUGGGCCAACCUCGAGUUCUCCGCUUUCUAUAUGGAAGCGAUCAAGGACCGACUUUACACCUUGGGCGCAGACAGUACGAGCCGCCGGGCUGCUCAAACGACCUUGUUCUACGUCUACCGUCAUCUCCAAGAGGUGUUGGGCCCCAUCACCCCGAUGCUCGUGGAAGAAACGUGGGAACACACACCCGAAGCUAUCCGCACCCACACCGAGCACCCCUUGCGGCGUAUCGUUUCCGCGCCCGCACCGGAAUGGCAGGAUGUCUCCCUGGACAUCAGCUACCAGGAGCUGACAGUAGUACACUCCGCCAUCAAGAACCUGCAAGAGCAAGCCCGCAGCAAAAAGCAACUCGGCUCAUCCCUGCAAUCAUUCGUGCACCUCGCUCUCCCUAGCAACUCAAGCUUAUUCCACCAGUACCUUUCCGAACUCCCCGACCUCUUUGUCGUGUCUUCCAUCAGUCUGGCAUCCCACGCCGACCCUGUCAUCACCGAAAUCGCCGAGGCUGAGUGGCAAUACGAAGAGGCCUUUGAGCUCAGUGGCCAACCGGGUACGGUGCACGUGUACGCGCCACAGGCAGCUAAAUGCCCGCGAUGCUGGCGGUAUGCUAUUGUGGAACCAGUGGCGGAAAAUACGAUCUGCCACCGGUGUGAGACCGUGGUGUGUGAACUGGAGGCAAAUGCUUGA